AGGAAAAUAAGCGAGCAAGAGAUCAAAACAAAGACCAGCGAGCGCCUCCCUGUACUGUGACCAGCCCGAGCCACAGUGACCUGUCAGGGCUCCCCUACACAGAUGAGCCAAGGCUAACCCUCACUGUGACCAGCCAGGAGCACCCUACUCUGAUAAUUUAGGGUCUCCCCAGACACACACACCCGUUCGGACCCUCCCAACGGGACCCAUUAGGGCUACACUGUUGCUUGGUGCUUAUCGUUACCUGGACCACAUAAGGUGACCAGCAUACUCGCCUGGACCACAUAAGGUGACCAGCAUGCUCGCCUGGACCACAUAAGGUGACCAGCAUACUCGCCUGGACCAACAUACGCUAACAUCGUCAUAAGAACAUAAGAACAAAGACGUAGAGCGGGUGCAGUUCAAGACGUGAAGCCUGGUAGUCAUGUUAAAGUGACCUCGCGCUGUGUAACCUGUUAGGCAAGACAAUUAUUUUACGUCUUCCCUCAAUUGAACUGUUUUAAGAUAGAAAAGGUUACUCUAAGCCGCCAAAAUGGGGAAACGACAGCAUCAGAAAGAUAAAAUGUAUCUGACCUCAACUGAGUGGUCAACACUGUACGGUGGGUACAAAGCCUCGUCUCACACAGGCGCAAAAGCAAACUUUCGGAGACUCCCCCUCACUCACUGUGCUCUCUCUCUGCUGCCAUUUAGUCAUCCAUAUAUUGAUCCACAUGGAAAUGUGUAUGAUCUUGAAGCCAUCCUUCCAUUUUUGCGCAAGUUCAAAGUGAACCCUGUCACUGGUGAGCCUCUAAGUGAAAAGCAACUGACGAAGGUAACCUUUCACCGUGCCAGCACCGGAGAGUAUCAUUGUCCCGUUCUGUACAAGCCUCUCACCAACACUUCACAUGUCGUAGCUGUGAAAACUACCGGCAAUGUUUUCUCCUAUGAGGCAGUGGAGCAGCUGAAUAUUAAGGUAAACAACUGGAGAGAGCUGCUGACGGACAAAAUCAUCACCAGAGCAGAUCUCAUCACCAUUCAGAAUCCACAAGAUCUAAGCAAGUACAACAUCAGCAGCUUUCAUCACAUCAUAAAUAACCUUAAGGUUGAGAAUGAAGAGACAGUUCAAGCUCGCUCAGAUGCAUCAAUGCGUUUGAAGAAUGUAUCGCAAGACACUAAGCAAAUUUUGGAUGAAUUCAACCGCACAUACAAGGAGACCGAUGCAAAUGAGGAGGCUGCAGAAAGGGUUGCAGAUAAAUUUAAUGCUGCCCACUACUCAACCGGAAAAGUAUCAGCAAGCUUUACAUCAACCUCCGUUGAUGUGGAGACUAAGCACGAAGCUGCAGUGUUGGAGGAUGACGUUGUACGGUAUCAACGAGUUAAGAAGAAAGGCUACGUAUCACUGAAAACUAACCAUGGUGUGCUGAACUUGGAAAUAUACUGUGACACUGUGCCUAGAACUUCUGAGAAUUUCAUAAGACUCUGUGAUCGUGGAUAUUACAAUGGAACUAAGUUUCACCGCUCCAUUCGUCAUUUUAUGAUACAGGGCGGAGAUCCAGAAGGCACUGGAAAAGGUGGCGAUUCUAUUUGGGGAAAGCCAUUUAAGGAUGAAUUUCGCCCUAACCUGUCUCAUAAGGGUAGAGGCGUACUCUCUAUGGCCAACUCGGGACCUGAUACCAACAAAAGUCAAUUCUUCAUUACAUAUCGCUCAUGUGCUCACCUUGAUGGCAAACAUACAAUCUUUGGACGUGUGGUAGGAGGUUUAGCAACACUGUCUGCCAUGGAAGCCAUUGAAACUGACAACAAGGACACUCCUAUUGAAGAUAUCAUGCUUCAAGAGGCAUCAAUUUUUGUGGACCCAUUUAAGGAGGCUGAUGAGAAGUUGGCAGAAGAACGAAAAAUUGAAGUGGAAAAACGAAAAGCCGAAGAUGAUGAGUUGAAAAGCCGAAAACGACCCAAGAUUAAAGAUGAUCAGCUUAAGGUGUUUCGUCCUGGAGUCGGAAAAUUUUUAGACUUCACUGUUGCAUCAGUGUCGAGGGAAGAGGCCCAGGCAUCAGCAAGCCAACAGAAGAAGAAAAAGGAUGCUUCCUAUGGAUUCAAAGACUUCAGUAUCUUCUGAAAGAAAUGAAUCAGUUACCAAUAUGUCUUGUAAGAAGUAAGACUUCUGGUAAGUUCCAUGAGGAACUGUUAAGGUUAUGUUGUAAAAAUAAAUAAUUGUACAUCA